UCUCCGCUGUCCCCACCUCCACCAGAUCCAUUGUCCCCACCAUCUCCCUCAUCCCCACCAUCUCUAUCUCCAUCACCUCCAUCAUCCCCAUCUCCAUUGUCUCCGUUGUCCCCAUCUCCACCAGAUCCAUUGUCCCCACAGUCUCCAUCAUCCCCAUCAUCUCUAUCUCCAACAUCUUCAGCACGCCCAUCUCCAUCAUCUCAAUCGUCCCCACUUCCACCAUCUCCAUUGUCCCCACCGUCUCCAUCAUCCCCAUUGUCCCCAUCAUCUCCAUCACCUCCAUCGUCCCCAUCUCCAUCGUCCCCAUCGUCCCCACCAUCUCUAUCUCCAUCACCUCCAUCAUCCCCAUCUCCAUUGUCC